AUGACUCGAUCUUCAAGAAACGGACUGUUUACUCAUGUCAAAGCUCAAGAGGAGCGAAAACUCGUUGAUAAGCUUCGCGACAUUGGUCUCGGACAGUACAUUGAGUUGCCACAGAUUGCAGUCAUGGGUGACACUUCGAGUGGAAAAUCGUCGCUUUUGUCAGCACUGUCAGGCGUGGCCUUCCCAUCGAAUAACCAGCUUACGACGAGAUGUCCUACACAGCUCGUGCUGACUCGCGCUGAUACUUUUCAGGGUACCGUGAAGCUUGUGCGAUUUGAGUCGAGCGAUAAUGAUGAGAAUAACGAGGCGGAAGAUUUGAAAAGGAUGGAGGAUGUUCCCGAUGCGAUCACUAAACUUACUCAAAAACUUGUAGAUGAAGGCCAGUAUAUUAGUGACGACCAGAUUGUGAUUGAAAUGUGUGGACCUGAGUUACCCGAUCUGACACUCACAGAUUUGCCGGGAUUAGUGCGUACUGUUGGAGAUCAUGAAGACCAAAGUAUCAUUUCAAGGGUUCGUGAGAUGGUAAAUCGAUAUAUGAAACAGGAGCGAACUGUCAUAAUUGCUGUAGUACCAGCCAAUGUGGAUAUGCACAAUACCGAAAUUCUUCAAGCGGCUCAAGAAGCUGAUCCGACUGGUACACGUACGAUUGCAGUAGUGACAAAGAUGGAUCUGGUCGAUGGUGGUGCUGAGUCAGCAGUACACGAUCUAUUGCUUAACAAGAAGAAAAAAAUGCGUCUAGGCUAUCAUGCAGUCAAGUGUCGUAAUCAACGUGAGUUGACAGAGGGGGCGAGUAUCGAAAAAGGGCUGGAAAAUGAAAUUAGUUUUUUUAGUCGGCACGAAUACUGGCGCCGACUGCCCUCCCAUUUAUGGGGUAUCGCUACUUUAACUGAUCGACUAGUUUUGAUCCUGCAGGACAAUAUUCGACGUUCAUUGCCAAAAGUCAUUGAAGAGAUUAAUUGUCGAAUGGCUGAGACACAAAAAUCGUUAGCGAGCUUGGGUACAGCACUGGAGACGCCUGGUGCUCAACGACAGCAAUUUGGUAGAUGGAUUGAUCAGUAUCUUCGCUUAAUGGAAGCAGCAAUGGAAGGACGGUAUGAGUUAUUGCCAGUGUCGUCAUCAAUGAUUUCACAAAUUACGAAUGUGGAAAAUACUCGACUUCGAGCGGUACUUCGUGUCGAGGAAGGCGUUUUUCGCGAGGCAAUCAACGAGUCCAAAAAUCAUGCUACUGGAAUCAAUAAAAAUAAAUCUCAAGAAGAAGUUGCGAUAGGAGAUGCAGUAGAGGUUUGUCUCGAUAAUGUGUGGCAAAGUGGACGUGUGACAGAUGUCAAUGAGUCCAAAAUUUGGUGUAAGCUAUCUGACCAGUGGAUUCAUGCUCAAUAUUGGCGAUAUGAUGAGUGGGCAGAAUUGAAGCAGUUUAUUCGCGAAAAUCGUGGCGAUGAGCUUGCGAUUUUCACGUCGUACCAAGUAUUUUGCAAUUUGAUUCGACAAUGUGUCGACAAGUGGCGCCCACCAGCUGAAAAACUCUUGGUGUCGUAUCAAGCUCAGACAAAGAUGGUGUCAGAUUUUGUGUCGAUUAAAAUCGACGCAUCUAGACGAGUCGUACAAUUUCUUCGAAGUUCGGCGGAUGAUGUACUUAAUAGUGUUGUCGAAGCUGCUAAUCAAGAGGUUGAAAAUUUGUUGCGAGCAGAAGGGAGACCAUAUACGCAAGACGCACGUUUAUUUGAGGAGAUUUACGAACAACGACUGGAAGCUCUUCAAAAGCAAUUAAAUACAACUGUGCCAGUUGGAGAAGAUGGAAGAGUUAAUCUUUCUGAGGUCUUAAAAGCUAUCAAGUCGGCGGCUUUAUCGACAGAAGAUCGAGAAGCACUUGAGUUAAAGGUGGCUUUGGAAGCGUAUUUAGAUGUGGCUAUUCCUCGCUUUGUAGAUGCAAUUCCAAUGCGACUAAACGACUUUGUUCUGCGCAAGUUUGUCUCAAGAAUGUCGAGUCUACUCAACGGUCUAACGGAUGAACAGCUAGCAAGAUUGAUGCAAGAUUCGGAGCUCAAGAUCGCUGAGCGCCAGCAAUUAAGGGAAGAAUUUGCUUGUCUUGCAAGUGCAAAGAAGGAAAUUAAGCUGGUCUGCUAA